AUGCUGCCGCCACCUGAAUGGUAUAGGGGAAUGAUGCCUUCCUAUCUCAACACCAAUCCUAACCAACCAGAGAUUCAUGUUUUCAAUCAGCAGUUGAACAUGCUACCUGAUUUGGAUGUUGCGUCUGAUAGAAAGGCCCAGUACUUGGCAAGAAGAUUUAAUUAUCAUAUGGGAGUACCUAGACAGUUGAAUUUUGGGUCUGGUAAUGAACAGAAUGUGGAGUUUUUUGGGGAGAUAUGUCAGUCAGAGUUUGGUGAUUAUCCAUCAAAGAGACUGAGAGCUGAGUAUCCUCCUUGGAACGAUUCAUCUAGACUCCCUUCUCUUCAGCUAUGUCCGGAUCCGAGUUUCGUUGUAGAGAAGAAUGUUACCACUCCGAUGAAAGGAUUUGAGGAGGUUUCUUCAUGUGCUGGAAGAUGUUUUAGUACACCUAGAACGCUAGUUCAUAGCCCUGAGACGUUUAGCGGUUGCUCUGACAUAACCAAGGUAGAUGUGAUGGACAAUUCUCCUUUUGAGAGUAAGCAUGUUCAGGAUCUUGGUACUAGCAAAAGUGUGAAACCUGCAAGACCACAGCCAACCCGGGUUUAUUCUUUUGACGACUUCUUUUCCAUCGAAAGAUAUACUCAAGCCGAGGAAAAGCCGCUGAAGCAGGAGAAACUGGUACCUGGAGUUGACGUUGUUGUGCCGAUGGAAUGUGGUGAACAUACUAAGUGUGAGGUUAAUGCUGACUCAAUGCCUCUGGAAAAGCGUAACAAGAGAGGUGUCUCACUGGUGGAACGUUUCACAGAGGAAGAAAUAAAGUUGCAUAUUAAGAGCCUCAAGGAGGGAAGUACUCAGGGAGAAACUUGUGACCUAAAGGAUAUGUGUCAAUUGUGUGGCAAUGGCACACUCGUCUUACCAGCACAACCAAUCUACUGUUCUCUUUGCCCCCGCCGAAUCAAAGACAAAUCUUCAUAUUACAUCCCCGAGGAAAAAAUAAGUGAUGCGCAACAUCAAAUCUGCAAUUGCUGUUACAACCGCUGUAAAAAAACGUUCACGUUACUUGGAGUCAGUGUCAUAAAAGCCAAUAUGGUUAAAAAGAAUAACGCUGACAAUCAACACAUAGAAGAGUGGGUUUGUUGUGAAUCUUGCGAAAAGUGGCAACAUCAGAUAUGUGGUCUCUACAACCAACAAAAAGACAUUGACAAAACAGCAGACUACAUUUGUCCCUACUGUUUGUUAAAGGAGCGUAACAGUAGCACGGAUACAGAUCUGGGGGCGAAAGAUUUGCCUGAAACUAUCCUCAGCCACUUUAUAGAACGGAGGCUAUCCAGACGCCUCAAAGAAGAAAGACACCAAACGGCAAAGGCUACUGGGAAGAGCGUUGAUGAUGUACCAGAACCAGACGACCUUACAAUCAGAGUCGUGUUUUCAGCUGACAAAACCUCACACGUCAACAAAACAUUUGCCGAUUUGCUUCACAAAGAACACUACCCUAGUGAAUUCCCUUACAGAUCAAAGGUGAGAUAUUCUUCUUUAGAUUCUGUUGUGUAUCUCAAACCAUGCUUUGUUGUUACUAAUUUCGAUUGUUUUCAGGUCAUUCUUUUGUUCCAGAAAGUUGAAGGAGUUGAUAUAUGCAUCUUUGCCUUGUUUGUCCAAGAGUUUGGAUCAGAAUGUAGCCAACCAAACCAACGCAGCAUAUACAUCUUGUAUCUCGAUUCGGUCAAGUACUUUAGACCCGAGAGGGUGACAUUCUCAGGGGAAGCUCUUCGAACUUUCGUUUAUCAUGAAAUAUUGAUUGGAUAUCUUGAUUAUUGUAAGAUUCGGGGUUUCACUACGGGUUAUAUAUGGGCGUGUCCACCUCGAAAAGGAGAAGACUACAUCAUGUAUUCUCAUCCUAAGACUCAGCAAACACCCAACACUAAGAAACUUCGCCAAUGGUAUCAGUCAUUGCUGGAUAAAGCAACCGAGCAGAGGGUAGUGACGAGUGUUACAAACUUGUAUGAUCGGUUCUUCGUUUCGGCAGAAGAAUCUACAUGCAACAUUACAGCUGCGCGUCUGCCUUACUUUGAAGGAUCUUUCUGGUCCGAUAAUGCUGAGUUCCUGACUCAGGAAAUUGAGAAAGAAAGCGAGGAUGAGUUGCAGAAGAAGGUUAAAUCGCUUUCUAGAAGAGCACUAAAGGGUGUCAAAAGUAAGGAUGAUCUUGACGUUGAUGAUGCUAAAAACAUUCUCAUGAUGCAAAAGCUUGACAAACUGAUAUCUCAAAACAAGGAGGAUUUCAUGGUGGUGGAGUUGAAUUAUUCAUGCACACGCUGCUCAGAGGCCAUAUUGUCAGGAUUGAGAUGGUUUUGUGGGAAGUGCAAGAAUCUUCAACUAUGUGAAAGAUGCCAUGAUGCAGAACAAGAGCUUCCUGGGGAACACACACAUACUGUGAAUGACAAAGAGAAGCAUUCACUGUCAAAGGUUCAGGUGAACGGCAUACAAUCUACAACAACUGAGGAUAACGAUCUCACUCUAGAAAACAGUAUGUUCGAAAGCAGACAAGUGUUCUUGAGUUUUUCUCAAAAGCAUAACUACAGCUUUGACUCGCUCCGACGCGCUAAGCAUUCGUCUAUGAUGAUUCUUCACGGUCUUCACUCUUCAGACAAGCAUCAUCUCUCUCAGAACUCCACUAGCCUCUUUCAAGUGACAUGUACGACCUGCGAAAAGGAUAUUUCAAAAACGAUUUACUACUCUUGUUUGAUUUGUUCGGGUUAUCGAGUCUGCACUGCAUGUUAUAACAAGAACGCAGUCCUUCGUAUGCUUCAUCUCUUACCAAUGACCCCUUCCAAGCACGGGACGCCGCCUAGAACCGUAGGGGCUCUUGGGAUAAUAGAUGCUUUGUUGCAUGCACAUAAGUGCAGACCCGUGGCCUCUGGUUCGUGCUCAUACCCGCACUGCAAUGAUGUUAAAAGACUAUUCAAUCACAACGUAGUGUGCGAGAUCAAAAAGAGAGGAGCUUGUAAGAUUUGCAAUAAUCUUCGGCAGGUGAUAAAUAUUCACGCAUUCCAUUGCCAAGAUCCCACUUGCUCCAUACCACGCUGCAGAGAUACGAAGGAGCACUUCAUUAGGAGUGGUUUGAGGUUCUAAAGAAGAGCAGGGGGGACUUUGUUUGUACAUUCCUUAUGCUUGUGAUGCUGCUGCUUAUAGAAGAAAAUGUACAGAUCAUAAAAACCUUUUCUGACAUCAGUUCUAAUAGUUGUCCAUUUCUGUCAAAAGUGCUCAUAGUGUUGUUGGCCUUAUUGUUAAGGAUCCUCCUGUUAGUGUUCGAUAAAAGAGAAUAAAACGGGCCAUAAAGCCUAUAGCUUAAUUUAUUGCUUGAAUAAUCUUGGUAAGAGAGAUGUUAGAUUCUUCUGAUUUGCAUCUUACGUUUUCGUUUCUG